CCAGUUCAACUCCGAUCAUACACUACCCUCAUCGCUGAUUUUUGACCAUUAUAGCUGUUCUACUCUGGGAUACACUUUAAUAAAAGUUUCUUAAAGCGUAAUCUAACAUCCAGAAGGUUAUAUCGUGGCCAAAGUUAUAGCCCUCGGUCAACUUUUACGCACGACAACAUCGGUGACAUUCCAGGAGUGACUCGGAGACGGUUAUUCAAACUGCCAUUACAGACCUUGCUGUCUCGAUCAGAAGCUGUGCCGAGGGUGCGAAGGUGCCAUUGAAGUGAAGUGAACCUCCUCUCUCUUCCAUCGACCUGCAAGCCGUUCUCUGCGGACGUAAUGUUUUCCAAGGCCACUGCCAACUUCAUCCGUCAGAUUGACCCAGAGGGAAGCCUCAUCCACGUGUCCCGUCUCCCUGACUCACACAAACUGGUCCCCAUGGCGCUGGUCGUCAAGCGAAACCGCUUCUGGUUCUGGCAGAAGCCCAAGUACCAGCCGACAGCCUUCACCCUCAGUGACUUGCUGCUCGGGGACACACUGCUUGUUCCGGUUGUGUCCGAAACAGACUUCCUGACCUACGCGGGGACGUUUGGUGACGUCAUUGGCGGACAGGUUGAUGCGAAGGCAGGCGUUGUCAGUGUCACUCUGGAGGGGCGGGGCUCCACCAAGCUCCAAUCAUCAUUCGGCAAGCUCAAGAUAGAGAAAGUGGAUGUGAGGAAGCUGCUACAGGACUCAAACGACAGGCUGGUGAACAUGAACCAUGUGUUGGUGCAGCAGCUGGAGAAGCGAGCCGAGGUGCUGGCAGUCCUGCACGAGAGGAUCUUCACCACCAGCCCCUGCUCUGUCAUCGAGACCCGCCAGGACCAGGGCACCUGUGGGGCGAUGCUGGGGCUGACGGGCAAGCUGCGGAGCACCGUGGCGGUGUCUGUGAAGGACAGUAAUGUUAAGAUGGACAGUGAUGUUUCCGUGGAGAUCCCUCCUGGUACAGUGAUUGCUUAUAGCCUCCUUGAACUGGAAAUCAAGAAAGAUGGACACUUUGAGCCGUGCCUGCAGCCCAGCACCACGGGAGGCUUUGAAGCAGAUUCGGGAACGUCCUCUCCAUCCCAUGAUUCUGUGGGCACCUUCUGUGAGAUAGACGGGUUCGAGUGGGCCGAGGAGAUGGUUCUAGGCGGGCAACCCUUGAGCACAUUGCAAAAUGAGCUACAGAAGUUGGAGGGGGAUCUGUCGCGGCUGGCGGAGCUCCCUCAGCCCACUCGAACGACUUUGUUCCAGAGGCUCCAAGAAACUCUGAGGGACAGAGCAAGUCUCUCUGAGCUGGAGUAUAAGCUGGAGGAGCGGCGACGAGGUGAGGUGCCCGUCAGUCAGGACAUCGCAGUGUCAGCCAUACUGGACCUGCUCAGCCCCGGCCCAAACAAUCACAUUGAGAACGGCGGGCCUGACACAUCUGCCGACCUGAUCGCAGUUCACCUGCUGGUCAGCGCCAUGGAAGCAUUUCCCGAUGAGGCUCUGAGUCUCGUGAGUGAGUGCAGUCCUUCUUUUCUGGAGGCCUUGAACACACUGAUCUGCAGGCUAAAGGAAGGCCAGCUGCCUCUUCCCAUCACGUCUCUUCCUGCCCCGCUGCAGGAUGACCAGGCCUUCAGAUGGGCACAACAGCUGCUCCGCUCCACCAGCGUGACGCUAAAGACAGAGGCUGACAGGCUGGAGGCGAAGACAGAAGAUAAGCCCGGGGUGCUCCCAUUGGUCCUCUGUGUCGCUGUACAUGGACUGUCCUCUCUGUGCCAAAAGUAGUGUGUCUGUGUGUCUGUGUGUGUCUGACUUUGCUUACUUUCUGAGACACACACCAGACUAAACACCAUUUGAUUGGGGAUGGCUUGUCCCCAGUAAAAUGUAUUUGUUGGCAGGUGAGUACUUAGGUCAAUGCAAAAAUGUUCGUUCUGUCUGUGCUUUCUUUAAGACCUAUCGUACCUAACUGCCAAAUUAUGCUAUAUUAGUAUAUAUUUUAAUAUUUGAUAUUCUAUGAUAAAACAUAUACUGUAAUUGUCAUUUUAUAUAUUGAUUACCAUUAAUACAACUUUUAUUCUAUAUGAUCUUCCGGUGCAGUGGUGAAGACAUUGUUUAUUGUUUGUAAACCACUGAGUGGAGUUUGUUACUUGACUUUGCACAGGACAAAAAUUAUAUAACAUCAUAAACAAUCGAAAUAACUUCCAAUGCAUGUCAUAGGAUUUAGAAUCAUUACAAUUAUAUGUUAACAAAAUACAGUUUAUGUUUCAUGCCAUAGAAGAUUUUUAUGUUUGAGAUGAUGCUGUUUUUCAUACAUCAACUGUCUGCUUUCGCUUGAGCAUUUGGUCUACGUGUAGAGUAUAUCAGGCAGCUUGUCAUGUAACAGACAACAGCAUAUAAGCUAUUAUAGGUAUUUUAUAUAUUUUAAAGAAGAUACAACCUUGCGAUGGCUCACUAUGUUACUAAUUUAAUGUUUAGAUAGAAAAGUUUACCUGUGUCAUGCAUGUUGUAAAAUCUUCAUAUUUAAGUUCCUACAUGUAUUGCUGCUCUGUCAAUUUCCCCACUGCUCACAUCAAGGUGUGUAGUUAACAAACGGUCUCCUGUAAAGGUCCUGGUAGAGUUUGACACUUGGUGAGACACAAUUACACACAACUACAAUAUGUUGUCUUAUAAUAAAUUGCUUCAUGAGUUUUUCACACACUUUGUAUGCAGAUCUCUAGUCACUAAUAGCUUUUGAGCAAAGUGGACCCUUCAGUAAAGAUGUGUUUUGGCCUGGUUGGCAACAUUUUAGUAUUAUUUUAGUUUACUGAAGCAAGAAAGACCAAUUAUGAUGUAUU